AUGACAUCCCAUCCAGCUGCCACUCGUAAACUAUGGGAACCGGUCAGUCCCCAGGCCACUCAGAUUUGGAAAUCCAAGGAAAUUCUCGAAAAAGCCAAAGGUAUAAAACUUCCCGACUAUAAUGUGGUAUACGAAUGGUCCGUCGCAAACAGAAUAGAAUUCUGGGAAUUCUGCUGGAACUACUCCCCCAUAAUCCAUGAGGGUAAUUACCAGAGUCUCACCGAUCCACAUGCUCGCAUCGACAGCAUUCCAGACUGGUUCCCGGGGGUUUGUCUCAACUAUGCAGAAAACAUCUUCUUUACAGCGGGACAUCCAGGUCACGCGCCUUCAACUGUAACAACCAUUGCCCUCACUGAAGUCCGCGAAGGCGAUGCUGAGUCGAAUGUCAAUCUCAUCUGGCGGGGACUGCGACAAAAAGCCGGUCGACUAUCCCAACCCCGGAAGUCUGGAGUUUUAUUAUCACUUUGCAGAGAUUGA